AUGGUCUGGAAGAAGGAAAAGCUAAUAAAAGGUAGUGAAAGUUUGGAAAAUGUGUGUGGUUCCAGGCUUGCAAACCAAUCCUCCAGAAAGGAAUCGUUGCGAAAAAGUAAGUGGGUUUGCUUCAAAGCCAACCGAAUCUCACUAGUUUCCUAG